ACACUGUAUAGAGAUCUAUAUAUGUAUGGGCUUGUGCUGAGUGUAUAGCUUAGUGAUUCACCAGGAGAUUUUCGAUUGUCCCUCUCAUAAUGACAGCAUUCCUGUAUUUGUGUAUAGCCUUGCAGCUCCUUCACCUCACUGUUGCAAUUGCACCUAUUGUCCCCACUGUCAGUUUUGAGUCUUCUUCUACAGUGAGUAUCCCUGAAGGAACUAGUGCUGAUGUUUGUCUUACAAUCACUGGAGCUGCUGCUGGACCAAUAACUAUCUUACUGGGAGCUACAGACCAAUCAGCAAUUGCUCCAGAUGACUACACUGCACCUAGUUCAGUAACUUAUAUUCCAGGUGGAUCCAAUAUAGUUUGUAUAAGUAUAACUGCAGUGCAAGACAAUGUUGAUGAACCUUCUGAAAACUUUACAUAUACUAUACUUGCAGGAAUGGGUGAUUAUGCAAUAGGAGCACCAUCCAAUAUCACCAUUACAAUACCUGGCGCCCCUCCACCUCCUCCUCCUUGUCCUUGUAAAGAUCGCAUUGCUACAUUAGCUUGUAAGCAUAUGGAGAAUAAUGGAGAAUAUCUACCAAUGCCUUGUAGAGAGCUUCUUGGAAACAAUCCUUGAUUAAUUAUUAACACAACUUAACAUACUGUAGUUAGUUAAUGUAUAGGUGUGUGUAGAUUUUGUAGAUCUUUUUGUUAAAAUUAGCAGAAAUUUUCGCUAAAAAAA